GAGUGUACGUGAGUUUGACUUGUGCAUACUGCGUAUACGUGAUUGCCAACACAGCGUUGAAUGUGAACGAGUCAACUAUUUAAUCUGAUAUUUCUAUUUUGGUUGUUGAAACUUUUAAUUUAAAAUGUCUUCCGAGGAUAAAGAACUUAAAGCUGGACAUCCGCCAGCAGUGAAAGCAGGUGGCAUGAGAAUUACUCAGCGCCAUACAGGAGCCAAGGAACCUUGCAAUGUUGUCCCUGAUGAUGAAAACAAUGCAGCUCUUAAAGUGUCUACUAGCCCUCCGAAAGCUGUAACCAUCUCUGGAGCUCCGGUGAGGGGUCACGCAGACUUCCCAGUAGAAGCUGUCCAAUCCUUCCAUGAAAAGCCACUGCCCACUCAUGACUCUCGUCCCGCACAUAGCUCCAAGCCACAGCAGAUCCAUCAGCCGCGCAAACAGUAGACUGUGCAUCUCACAUCUUCACCAAACUCACAGGGAACACGUAAGCCUUAGGCAGAACCACGUAGCUCACUUUUCUUUACUUUGCUCAGAGUACGAUUUACAACUAGAAUUUUUCACAAUAUUACUUUGAAUUUGACCAAGAUUGCACAUUCUCCCUCACAUGUGAAAUUACUUAACGUAAAAAAAAAUUGAAUGUAAAUAAGUGUACAUAAAUAUAGAAAUUUAAUAUUGUUACUCAAUAUUGUUAACAUGAUUUUUGUAGCCUCGCUGAUAUAACAUAAAUUAUAUGAUCACUAACUAAUAUUAUUAAUAACAUUGUAAAAGACUUGGUAAGACUGGUAUUAUAAUAGAUGACUUUUAUUUAAAGUUUAUACUGUUUGCAUUCAAUAAAAUAUAAGUAAAUGCAAUGUAAAGAAACAUGUUUUAAUUAAAAAUUCUGCUCCAAUUUCAAUAUUGUCAACAAUUAAACAUAUAUAUUUUCUAAUAAUUCUUAAAUGUAAUUUAUGUUGAAUCGUUACAUUUUAAAAUAGUAAUAUAGACUUUUUGCUUUGAAAUUUGUUUAGAGGGUUAAAUUUUUUAUGUUACUACAAUAUUAUUUUAGGGGCUAUGGUAUGUUCUGCUCAUUAAUUCAGCCUGGUUAUUGUUUUAUAAUUACAUGUUAUUCAUAAUUCUCUAUAAAUGUUUUUAGUGCAUUAGGAGGUCAUCUGGUUUUAUUUUUUAAUAUUGAUUUAAAAUAUAGUUUAUGGUGUUUUAUGUAUGCUUUUUAUGUAUGGUUAAAGUGUAACACAGUAUGUAAUUGAUAGGUCUUUCAUUUGGGAUUGAUAUUUUCUAUUUCAUCCCAUCAAAGCAUUUUAGUUUGUAAGGCCAUAUCCGUAUUUAUCUGUAAUUAAGCCAUCAUAAAAGAGAAAUAGGACAACACUCUAAAUAGCUCUUCUUUGUAUUGUUUUCUCUUUAAUGUUCAUUGAUACAGGGUCAGCAAUUAAGAUAUUGUUGCUUUAAAUGUGAUUCUCUUUGCAAUAAGUAACAAUGUAUCAAAUUAAAAUAUAUUGUCAUUUUGAAAAGAACACAUGAUACCACAUUUAAUUAAUUAAUAUGAAACUUAUUCUGUAGGCCUAUUUAAUUAUUUGUAAACACCAAUUUUGUGAUUGCAACAUUUAUUCUUUUAUUUAUUUGUAAUAAAUUAAAUUCAAAAUUCUGUUUUAUAUUUUUAUUAUGCAUUUAUGUUGUAAUGUACUGCAUACCUUGUCUUUCUUUUUUUACUUAAUUUAAAAAAGCCCAUUCCAGGUAUAUAUUUUUAUUUAUGAGACUUGUGAAGUUAAUUAUUUUAUUUUCCACUAUAUAUAAUUUUAUAUCGUUAUAUUUUAUAUUUGAAAUAUUAAAUUAUUUUUAAUUUUGUUGGUCUUGAGAGAGUGUUUAUUAAAUCUGGCACACCUUAUAUCUGGCAUUAUUUUUAAGCCUAGGUGAUUAUACAUUCUUGUUUAAGCAAAAACCCAUAUUUGAUUUUUCUUGGAUAAUUGCUUUAUCUCAUUGCAAUUAUCACCAUAAAAUUUGGAUUAUAUAUAUUAUUUAAAACUUUGUGAUAAUGUUACGUACAAAUAUAAAAAGAAAUAAAAUGAAAUAUAAAAGUAAAAUUAUAAAGUCCAUUUAUUUAAAUUGUAAAAAUCUAAAAAAAUAUAAACUGUAGGACAGUCAAAAUUCUAAGAUUAACAUACAGGUGAGUGGGUAAUAACAAUAAACAAUAUUCUCUUAUGUAUUGGUACUUUGAGAUACGUUUUCAAUAUUUAUUCAUGCCAGAUGUAAGGUUAAUUGGUAAUGUCAAAGUUACAUGAUAUGUUUUCAGUUUUAAAACUUUAUUUUCAGACGUGUUUUCAAAGAAUUUACUCAGGUUCUUCAAUAUCCUAAUUUUUGCUUUUAUUUGGUUUAGUCUUAUCAUAUACUUUAUAUUUAAAUAUUGUUUUCUGUUUGAUUAUUUUAAUUGUGGCAUUGGGUAUUUACCUGAAGUUUGUGAAAGAUGUUUAUAUUUGUUGAUAAAUAAAUAUGACUUUGGUGGA